AUGAAACUCGCCAUCCUCGACGACUACCAGGGCAUCGCCCCCGCCCACUUCACCCACCUCAGCGACCGCAUCACCAUCACCUCCUUCCCCUCAACCCUCAACCCCUCCAUCCCCUCCGAGCAAGAGUCUCUAAUCAAGCGCCUCCACCCCUUCGACGCAAUCCUCGCCAUGCGCGAACGCACCCCCCUCUCCAAAGAAACCCUCUCCCGCCUCCCGAACCUCAAACUCCUCCUCACAACCGGCACCCGCAACCGCGCCCUCGACACAGCCUACUGCGCCGACCGCGGCAUCCCGGUCGCAGGGACCGAGACCCGGUCGCCCGGGGUGAAUUCCACCGUCCAGCACACCUGGGCGCUGAUUCUGGGCCUCGCGCGCCAUGUGCCUCGCGACGAUGCAGCGGUUAAGAGCGGGGGGUGGCAGGGGUCGCUGGGGAUGACGCUGGGGGGGAAGACAUUGGGACUGGUGGGGUUGGGCAAGCUGGGGGCGGCGGUGGGGAGGAUUGCGAUUGUGGCGUUUGGGAUGGAGGUGAUUGCGUGGUCGGCCAAUUUAACGCAGGACAAAGCGGAUGAGCGGGCAAUGGCCCUAGGACUGGACAAGGGGAGUUUUACUGCUGUUGCUGGGAAAAGGGAGUUUUUCGGACGGGCGGAUGUGGUCAGUCUGCAUUAUGUGCUGUCGGGGCGGAGUCGCGGGGUGGUGGGGAGGGAUGAGUUGAGUGCGAUGAAGCAGGACAGUCUGCUGGUGAAUACGAGCCGGGGGGGCUUGGUGGAUGAAGAGGCGCUGCUGGAGGUGUUGAGUGCAGGGAGGAUUCGGGGGGCGGCGCUGGACGUGUUUGAGCCGGAGCCGCUGGGGGUGGACAGUGCGUGGCGCACGACGCAGUGGGGGGCAGACGGGCGCAGCGAAGUCGUCCUGACGCCGCACAUGGGAUACGGCGACGAGCAGAUCCACGGCUGGUACGACGAGGUUGCUGCCAAUCUGGAGCGGUGGCUGAAUGGGGACGACUUGCGCUGUUUGCUAUAG